UCCACUUUCAAACACUAGGAUUUGGGCCCGGGACCCAUAGACAGGACAAGAAGAGAGUGGGAUGGCCUGGUACAUCCUCUACCUCCUGAACCUUCUCUGGGCUGUGGCUGAGACCAGCACCCAAACCCAGGGCUCAUGUUCUGUCCCCCCAGCACAGCAGCCCUUGGUUAAUGGCAUACAAGUGCUCAUGGAGAACUCUGUGACCAGCUCAGCCUUCCCAAAUCCCAGCAUCCUGAUCGCCAUGAAUCUAGCCAGAGCCUACAAUGUGGAGGCCCAGAAGCUCCUGACUUACAAGCUCAUGGCCAGUGACAUAGCCGACCUGACCAUUGGCCAGCUCGCCCUUACUGUCAUGGCCCUCACCUCCUCCUGCCGAGACCCUGGGAAUAAAGUUUCGAUUCUACACAGACAAAUGGAAAACUGGGCUCCUUCAAGCCCCAAUGCUCAGUCUUCAACCUUCUAUGGGCCCAGUCUGGCAGUCCUGGCACUGUGCCAGAAGAACCCUGAGACAACCUUACCCAUAGCAGUCCGCUUUGCCAAGAUCCUGCUGGCCAAUUCCUCCCCCUUCAACAUGGACACGGGAGCAAUGGUGACCUUGGCUCUGACUUGUAUGUACAACAAGAUCCCAGUAGGUUCAGAGGAAGGUUACAGAAGUCUGUUUGGUCAGGUACUAGAGGACGUCGCGGAGAAUAUUAGCAUGAGGAUCAAAGACAAUGGCAUCAUUGGAGACAUCUACAGUACUGGCCUUGCCAUGCAGGCUCUCUCCGUGACACCUAAGCACCCUCCCAAGAAGUGGAACUGCAAGAAGACCAUGGACACAAUACUUAAGGAGAUUGAGCUGGGGAAAUUUCACAAUCCCAUGUCCAUUGCCCAAAUCCUCCCUUCCCUGAAAGGCAAGACAUACCUAGAUGUGCCCCAUGUGUCAUGUAUCCCUGGUCAUGAAGGGCAACCAACCCUCCCCAACCAAACCAACCCUGCUCCCACCUCAGCAUCCAACAUCACCGUCAUAUACACCAUCAAUAACCAGCUGAGGGGGGUGGAGCUGCACUUCAAUGAGACCAUCAAUGUCAGUGUGAAAGCUGGAUCGGUGCUACUUGUUGUCCUAGAGGAAGCCCAGCGCAGAAGCUCCAUGUUCAAAUCUUCAUCCCAUCACCCCUCAAGAGGCCUGCAAACUACCAACUAGGCAAGGCUCUCAGGAAACAUUAAAUCACCCAAGUCAACAUAUGAUAGAGGUUUACAAACAGGAAUUCAAAGGGGAGAGUCUGUUGUGGAUUGGAAUAGUCCAGAAAGGCUUGGGGCUUUGGACCACAUUCGAAGGAUAAGUACUGUAGGGCAGAUAUGGGUAGAUGGUAUUCUAGGAAGAGGGAAUGGCUAGAAAGAAGCACUCAAGGGGUGUUUGGGUGGCUAAAUGUCCUCAGUUAAACGUCCAAUCUGGGCUCAGGUCAUGAUCCCACAAUUCGUGGGUUCGAGCCCCACAUGGCCUCCAUGGUGAGUGUGCAGAACCUGCUUGGGAUUCUCUCUCUCUACCUCUCUCUCUCUGCUCUUUCCCCACUUGCACUUUCUCUCUCAAAAUAGAUAGAUAGAUAGAUAGAUAGAUA